AUGGUCGCGGUUUGCUUGCUCUGUGUAUGGAUUGUGACCGGCAAGGCGAUAGAUAGAUCGAAGAGCAUCGAUGGCCAGUGGCCACAAGUCAAAACCAUGCUGUUGUUCGUUCGAUCAGAGCGACUCGCAGUUAUUCGCGGUGAAACUCAGUUUCAGCCGAUUCCUCGCAGGCCAGGAUGGCGCAUGUUCGGGCGUCCCCUGAAACGAUCGAGUCUGCUCAAGCCGACGCGGGUCCGGGCUCGGCUAAACGUUAAUUCAACUCCCCAUUAUAAAGGCUGGGCAUUCGGGAAGCAAGAACCUAAAAUUGAAGCUGGUUUAAUAUCGGCUCCCAGAUGGGCCAUCCCCGCUGAUCAGCCAGGCUCGGCAGGGUGA